AGACAUGGCCAUAGCAGCAGCAGCAGAAGCAGCAGCAGACUCAGCAGCAGCAGCACCAGCAGCAGUAGCAGCAGCAGCAGCAGCAGCUGAAGGAGCAGCAGCAGCAGCAGCAGCAGCAACAGCGGCAGCAGCAGCAGUGGCAGCAGCAGCAGCGUCAGCAGCAGCAGCAGCAACAGCAGCAGCAGCAGCAGCAGAAGGAGCAGCAGCAGCAGCAGCAGCAGUGGCAGCAGAAGGAGCAGCAGCAGCAGCAGCAGCAGCAGCAGCAGCAGCAGCAGCAGCAGCAGCAGCAGCAGUAUCUACAGCCAUCCCCAUCCUCCCCUCCUCUUUGAGCCGCCGCGGCAUCACGAUCGAACACAGUGCUGGCGCCGUUGACUACACCAGCCGUCUCCUGGACCUUGCCUCCCGCCUUGAGGCUCGCCAGACUACUCUCCCCCCCAACCUUCAGAUCUACCGUCUCCUCGAAGGCCUCUCCCCUCAAUAUGAAGCGUAUGAUGACGCCUGGUUCGAGCGCGGCAACACUGGCACACCCCCACGCUGGUCUGCCAUGGAUCCCCGCCCCUCUCUCCAGGAUGUCAAAACUCUUCCGUCUUUUCUCCCCUCUCAUCUUCAGCUCUCCUCCUCCUCCUCCUCCUCUGUCGCUGACCCCAUAACUCCCCAGGAGCUGCAGCAGUUUCGCCGCUUCCAGCAGCUGCAGCUGCUGCAGCAGCAGCAGCAGUGGGGCUCUGGUGUCCUUCUACAUCGACCAAGUCUUGCAGCGGUUCGACAUGGCGCAGGCGAAGCCGGUUACCACUCCCCUGCAGACCGACCACCAGCUUGCCCCUCCUCCUGCUCCCUCCUCCUCUGACCAUCCUUACGCUGAGCUCGUCGGCUCGCUGAUGUACGCUAUGAUGUGCACCCGCCCCGACCUUGCCUACCCCAUCAGUGUUCUUGCUCGAUUCGUCGGUACCGGU